AUGCGCGCCUCCUCCUCCUCCUCGUCGGGGCGGACCGAGGCGUACCGCCCACCCCUCCCACCCACUGCGCGCCUCCUCCCUCCCUCCCUCCGUCGGGGCGGGACCGACGGCGUACCGCCACUCCCCGAGUUCAAGGCCCACGAAGCACCGGUCAACGCGCUAGCGCUGGGGACAAAGUCCGGGCGGGUGUAUGCGUCGGGCGGCGACGACAACGUGGUCAACGUGUGGGCGGUCGGCUCAUCGCAGAGCAUCAUGACGUUGCGCGGGCACUCGUCGCCGGUCGAGGCUGUGGCGUUUGACGCCAACGAGGAGGUGGUGGUGGCCGGCGCACUGUCCGGGACGCUCAAGCUGUGGGACUUGGAGAGCCAGCGGCUGGCGCGGACACUAGUGGGGCACAAGGCCAACUGCAAGGCCGUGGCCUUUCACCCGUACGGCGACAUCUUUGCCUCGGGCUCGCAGGACACGAACGUCAAGAUCUGGGACGUGCGACGAAAGAACUGUAUCCAAACAUACAAGGAUCAUUCGCAGAUGGUGGGCGUGGUCAAGUUCUCGCCCGACGGGCGCUGGGUCAUCUCCGGUUCGGCCGACGCCACCAUCAAGGUCUGGGACCUGACCGCCGGCAAGCUCUUCCAUGAGUUUGCCGCCCACUCGGGCGCCAUCACCAGCCUCGACUUUCACCCGAAGGAGUUUGUCCUCGCCUCGGGCUCGGCUGACCGGACCGUCAAGUUCUGGGACCUGGACGCCAUGACGCUCGAGUCGUCGUCGGCGCCCGAGGCCACCGCCGUCCGCUGCAUCAAGUUCCACCCGUCGGGCGAGGCCCUGCUCUCGGCCUCGCACGACUCGCUCAAGGUCAUCGACUUUGAGCUGCUCGAGGCCGACGGCUCGGCCUCGGUCCUCGACGUCGUCUGGGUCGCCUGGCCCAAGCUGGCCGACUUUGGCCUCACCGCCGCCACCCAGCUUGUCGGCUAUCACUUCCACCACAAGGUCAUCGGCGGCUGGCUCAUCAACCUCGACAACCUCCGUCCCUUCCGCGACAUUCCCGAGCUGCUAGCAAGCGCCGCAGAGCCGGUGGCCAAGGGCAAGGGCAAGGGCAAGGGCAAAGGAAAGGCCAAAUCCAAGGACAAGGCCAAGGCCAAAGCCACAGCAAGGGCACAUGCACUGGCACAUGCAUCCGCGCCCACACCCGCGACCGCCCCGCUUGACGUCUCUACGCUGUAUCCUGCAGCGGCCGAGGCGGGCGCAGGCGCAGGCGCAGGCGCGGGCGCUGCCUCGAGCGGAGGCGGUCCACGGCGGGUGCCGCGGUCGCCGCGAGCGGCGCGGCAGGCGCGGGUGCCUUCUGCUCAUCUCUCGUCGCCGAGUGCCGGCUUUCCGGCUCCAGCCGGUCCGGGUGCAACUCUGAGUGCAGCCAGCGCGCACGCAUCGCCGGGUGGCGGCAUCCCGUCAUCGUUUUCGGCGCCGCUCGGGCUUGAUCCUGCGGCCUUUGUGCACGCGCCGAGCGGGGUGCGAGCCGGACGUGGCGCUGGUGCUGGCACUGCGCUUGGCCCGCUACUGGAGAGCGGGCCGCCAAUGCAGGCGGUGCUCUCGUCGCGGCUCCACUCGCUCAAGCUCGUGCGGGCGCUGCUUGCCGACGGGCGCGCGACGGCAGCGGUGGAAAAGCUGGUCGCUCUCAACGAUGCCGCCGUCCUUGUCGACGUCCUUGCCACGCUCAACGGCAAGCCCAACUUUUACUCGCUCUCACACUGUGUGGCACUGCUGCCGCCGCUCAACGAGCUCCUUGCCUCGGCGCUCGACCGCCACGUCGCCGUCGCACUCCAGACCAUCCACAUCCUCAUCGAGUCGUUUGGCCCGCUCCUCGUCACCCACACUCAGUCGCCAGUCGACGACAUCGGCGUUGACAUCUCCAAGGACGAGCGCCGCCAAAAGUGCGCCUACUGCCUCUCGGCCUUUGCCACCAUGGUGCCCACCGUCGCCGCCCUCACCGCCCGCGACGGCGACAUAGCUGCACGCGCCCACACCCUCCUCCUCUCGUUCGACGAGUACAUUCCGCAGUAGUCCCC